AUGCCGAAGAACAAGGGAAAGGGAGGCAAAAAUCGCCGUCGUGGAAAGAAUGAGAAUGAUGUGAUGAAACGUGAAUUGCAACGAAAGGACCCCGGCCAAGAAUACGCGCAAGUAAUGAAGAUUCUGGGCAAUGGGCGACUCUUGGCUUUUUGUUUUGAUGGAAAACAACGUCUUUGUCAUAUCCGUGGAAAGCUGAGGAAGAAAGUUUGGAUAAACACAGGAGACAUCAUUCUACUCGGUCUUCGCGAUUAUCAAGAUGACAAAGCCGAUGUUAUUCUGAAGUAUAACCCCGAUGAAGCUCGACAACUCAAAUCGUGCGGUGAACUGCCCGAUAAUGCAAAACUGAAUGAAGGUGAUGAGCAAGAUGAGGGCGAGGUUGAGUUCACCGACGUGGGUGGAGAUAUUCCUGAAGAUGCGAAAAAGGACUACGCGGAUUUGCCGUCUUCUGGCUCAAGCAGCGAAGACGAAGGAGAAGAAUCCGAUGGCAAAGAGGAGGAAUCUGAAGAGUCCGAGGAAAAAGAGGAGUCAGAAGAAUCGGAGGAAGAAACCGAUCCCGACGAAGAAGAACUUGCCAAAGGACGCACUUACAAGCCGGACACGAGAAGAACCAAGCAACGAUAUGGUAACAAGAAAUUCAAGAAA